AUGGUGUUGGAAAAGUCGCAUUCACAGACUCAAUUGUCAAAAAGAGGUACUGGCUCCAUUGGUCGAGUCCUUGUCAUUUUUGUGAUUUUCUUUACUAUUGCAUAUUCAAUUUCAACACAUUUCUUGGUAACACCAAAACCACAAUCACAAUCACAAUCACAACCACAAUCACAACCACAAUCAAUUACUAGUCAUCCACCUUGUGGCUCUCAAUGGAACUUCUUUAAAAAACCAAAGCAGGAGAUAUGUCGUCAAUAUGAUUACAAAUAUCCACAAUCAUAUCUCAAAGACAACUCAACUGUAUUGAAUAUCUUAUUUAAUGAAAAUUUUCGCAACCAAUCAGCCAAGAAAUUGUCUCAAGCAGUUCAAAUUCCUACCGAUGUAUAUGACGACGAUCCACUGGUGGAAAAAGAUCCUCAAUACUGGAAUGAUAAGUUUGAGCCGUUUUACAAUUACUUGAACAAAACAUUCCCCAUUGUUUUCAGUAAUUUACAAGUGGAAUUGGUUCAUUCACACGCAAUUGUUAUUACUUGGAAAGGAUUGAGCCUGCUGCUGCCGGAAUUGCCGGAAUUAAAACCAAUCUUACUUACUGCUCAUCAAGAUGUUGUACCCAUACAAAAAUCAACUUUGUAUCAAUGGACAUACCCUCCUUAUGAUGGAGUUUAUGAUGGAGAAAAAUUAUGGGGUCGUGGCUCAUCUGAUUGUAAAAACUUGUUGAUUGGGUUAUUAGAAUCUGUUGAGGAAUUAUACAAAUCUGGGUUCAAGCCUAAAAGAACAAUAAUUCUCGGCUUUGGAUUUGAUGAAGAAGUGGGUGGUGAUCGUGGCGCACAACAUAUUGGUCAAUUCUUAACACAACGGUAUGGCAAUGAUUCAUUUUAUGCAGUAAUUGAUGAAGGUGGUCAAAGUGUUGCUUAUGAAGACGGUGUCACGUUGGCACUACCCGGUACCAGCGAAAAGGGGUCAACCGACGUUGUUGUUGAAAUAAAUACUCCUGGUGGUCAUUCAUCAGUACCACCUUUGUCACAACAUACAUCCAUUGGAUUGAUGGCCAACCUUAUUGAAAAUUUGGAAAGAGAUCAUUUCCAGCCCAUUUUAUCACCUCGCAAUCCAACAUUUCAUGAAUACCAAUGCAUCGCCAAAUACUCACCCACAUUGCCACAUAAGAUAAAGAAGAGUUUAAUUGCUGCUGGUUCAUCACACAGAGCAAACAAGGUAGCUACUAAAUGGCUUUACAAUAAAUCAUUGCUUAGUCGUUACUUGAUUACUUCCACUCAAGCAGUCGAUGUCAUCAAUGGCGGUGUCAAGUCAAAUGCUCUACCAGAAUACGUUAAAGCUGUCAUAAAUCACCGAAUUGCUGUUGAGUCAAGUGUUGAUGAAGUCUACAAUCACGACUUGCGUCAUGCCAAGAACUUGGCUAAAUGGUUCGAUUUGGGAUUAACGUCUGAAGGCAAAAUACUUCGUAAUGAAACAAAGAACGGUAAGAUAACCAUCCACAAAGCUUCUCAAUUGGAGCCGGCACCAACUACCCCCACUGUUGGUAAAGUAUGGGAGUUGUUUUCAGGAAAUAUCAGACACGUGUAUGAACAAUUGGUGCCAAGUAACGAAAAGAAACAUGCGGGAGGAUCCGGUUGCUCCGAUGCUGACGCCAAUGCCAAUGCUGGCGUGUCUGUUGCUGGUGGUGGGAAACAAGUUAUUGUUGCACCGGGAAUAGCUACUGGAAACACCGAUACCAGAUACUAUUGGAACUUGACCAAGAAUAUAUUCCGCUACAGACCAGGACUUUUCACAACAGUCGAGUCGCAUGCUCAUGGAGUAGAUGAGUUUAUUCGUUUUGAUUCUCACUUACAAAUUAUUGCAUUUUAUUAUGAGUACUUGCAAUUGAUAAACGAGGACGAGAAUUUGUAG